AUGUUCAUGAAUUUGGAAUACAUAGUUUUGUCGGGAGCACGUCGGCAAGAAAAUAGAUGGGAUCCAACACAGAACGAACAAGUUGUGCCUGAAACUAAAGAAACGCAGAAGCGCUUGUUUGAUGAUUCAAUGUUUAAGUUGGAGCAUGGUACUGAUGAUCAAAAUUAUGCGGAGAAUGCAAAGACAGCACUGGUUAAUUUAUACAAUAGAAACGAAUCAACAUGGGCUGAUGAUUACAGUGCCAAUUGUAUGUUAAGACAAGCUUUCAGGAAAAAUAAAAAUGAUUUUAAAACAUCCAUUGCAAAAGAUAACGCCUUAUUGAAAAAGUCCAGUUUGAACAUCAAAUUGGUGCCAGAAGCAGAAGAAGAUAAACAGUUGGCUGCUGUGCUCAGUUUAAAGUUGAAACCCAAACUGGAUGCAGAAAAGACCACAGAAUUGAUCCGAAAGAAUAUUAUCAGCGAGUCAUCUUUGCCAUGUACUUCUUUUACACCUGCUAAAGAACGAAAAGCCAUCAAGGUGUUAAAUAACAACGAUUUAAAAAAAUUAGUUUUAAUUAAUAAGCCUACACAGGCUAAAAAAAUCAAGUUGACGCCUUCUCUAGUGGGAGAUUAUGGUAACUCCACUAGCGAAUCGGAAUAAGUGAAGUUAAAAGUUGUGGCAUGUACUAUACCUACCUGGUUAAUCAAAAUGUGGAAUUUAGAAUGAGAGGCCCAAAGUGAUAUGAAGAUUUAAGUCUUAUUCAACUAUGCCAUGUGUUAUAAAUCAAAAACUGUUUGUCACACAAGCUCUUAAAAUACUUUUGAAUAAAUAAAGUUGGAUAUUAUUGC